AGCCGGGGCCACAGACUUCGCCGGCACGAUGGGCAUCGAGGGGACGGCCCCCGGGCCUGGCGGACAGCUGUGCGGGGCGCUCAGCCUGGUGCUCGGAGCGCUGCUUUACAAAGUGAUAGAGGGCCGAGGGGUCAUGGACAAUGGACCAAGAUUUUCCUCAUUACCAACAUAUCUACCUGUGAGCUACCAUAUCCUCAGUGCUGAGACAUCAUUUUUCCUUAAAGAAACCCACCAGGAUUUUAUGAGGAAUUCCAGUUUGCAGUCCAGAGUUGAGUCAUUCUUUACAUACAAAGCCAAGAAGCCUCCUGUGUUGAAUGCUAGCUACGGGCCUUUUUCUGUAGAAAAAGUUGUGCCCCAGGAAUUGAUGAUGACUUCCAAUUUCUUAGGAUCCAAUGACAAAUUUACCUUUAACUGGAAACUUAAAACGUACAUCAUGAGCGAUAAGAUCUACUUGAACCGACCCAAAAUCCAAAUUUUGUUUUACAUUGUGGGUCGGGACUGGGAUGACUAUAGCUCUGAAGAAAGACUUCCCUGUCUAAGAGUAUUUGCCUUCAGGGAAACCAGAGAGGUGAGGGGCAGCUGCCGCCUGGAAGGUGACCUUGGACUGUGUGUAGCAGAAUUGGAGCUUUUAACCAGUUGGUUCAACCCUCCCGCAGUGGCUGCUGGUCGGAAGAAGUCUGUGGGUCAGUUGGAAGGAAGCCCUGUGGAACUGUAUUACACAAUCCAACCAGGAGAUGAGAAAGGAGAGUGUACAACUGGGGACGGAAGGAAAGGCAAUGCCAUCCGCCCGGGGAAGAAUGGAAUGGAUGAAACCACAUCUCACUUGCAAAGGAUCGGUACCGUUGGCCUUUAUCAGGCCCAGGAGAAUUUUCAGCUUAGCGAGUUACGGCUGGACAGCAAUGUGGUUAUCUGGCUGCCCUCAAAGCCAGUCAAACAAGGAGAGGUCGUCAAUGUGUAUGUGACUGUCGCCAAUAAUUCCACCAUUGACCUGUUCAUCUUGAGGGCCAAAGUGAAGAAAGGCGUGAACAUUCUUAGCAUCAAGACAAGUGAGCCUCGACAAUGGGAUGUCAAACAGGAGAUGGGAAAUGGUGGGAAACACUCAACCACCACAGUGAUCUGCCAACGGAUAGUGUCCAGUUCUAGGAACAGGAGCAGUAGUUUAUUCAGUGAGGUUGUCCAGAUGAACUUUGAAAUCACGAGUUUUAGCAGUCUCUCGGGGACCCAGCCCAUCACCUGGCAAGUAGAGUAUCCCCGCAAGGGGACCACAGACAUAGCCAUCUCUGAAAUUUUCAUUAGCCAGAAGGACUUUGUAGGAAUCGUUCCCCUGGCCAUGGAUACAGAGAUUCUGAAUACGGCCAUCCUCACUGGGAAGACAGUAGCGGUACCCAUCCGAGUGGUCUCCAUUGAAGAGAACAGCGCCGUGACAGAUAUCUCAGAGUCAGUGGAGUGUAAGUCCUCUGAUGAAGAUGUCAUCAAAGUGUCAGAACGAUGUGAUUAUGUUUUCGUCAAUGGCAAAGAAAUCAAAGGGAAGGUGGACGCCCUUGUGAAUUUCACCUAUCAGUAUCUGAGUGCCCCGCUGCACAUCACUGUCUGGGUGCCCCGCUUGCCUCUGCAGAUCGAGAUCUCUGACACGGAGCUGAGCCAAGUCAAGGCCUGGAGAGUGCCCAUCGUUUCCAAUAAGAGGCCCACAAGAGACAGCGAUGAUGAGGAUGAUGAGGAGAGAAGAGGUAGAGGCUGUGCCCUCCAGUACCAACAUGCGAUGGUCCGGGUCCUCACCCAGUUUGUGUCUGAGGACUCAAAUCCCUGGGGCCAGCUGAGAUAUUUGCUGAGCCCCGACUGGCAGUUUGAUAUCACUGACCUGGUAACAGAUUUCAUGAAAUUAGAAGAACCACACAUUGCCAAGCUUCAGGAAGGGCGAAUUUUGAUUGGACGAGAAGUUGGCAUGACAACAAUACAGGUUCUGUCACCCCUCUCUGAUUCCAUCCUGGCCGAGAAGACCGUAACAGUCUUGGACGACAAGGUGGCGGUGACCGACCUCGGCGUCCAGCUGGUGGCCGGGCUGUCAGUCUUCCUCCAGCCCAGCUCUGAAAUUAACAAGGCCAUCACCGCCACAGCCGUGGCUGAAGAGCUACUUCACACUCCCAAGCAGGAAGCUGUGGUCAGCACAUGGAUCCAGUUCAAUGACGGCUCGGUGACACCACUGGACAUCUAUGACCCCAAGGACUUCUCCCUCUCAGCCACAUCGUUGGAUGAGACCAUUGUGUCUGUGCACCAGAGCCAUGAGAUGAGGUGGCCCCUUGUUGUGGCGGAAGGAGAAGGCCAAGGACAGAUUGUCAAAGUCGACAUGAUGAUCUCAGAGGCCUGUCAAAAGUCUAAGCGUAAGAGUGUGUUGGCCAUGGGCAUUGGCAACAUCAAAGUCAAGUUUGGGCAGAAUGAUGCCAUCUCUAACCCUGGAGGGGAUUAUGAUGGGGAUGAGAUAGAGAACCACGCCAGCGACCGCCGGCAGAAGGGCCCAGACCAGGAACGGUAUGGCCAGGAUGGACGAUACUUUGGAGGUUCCUCCAUAGAUCGAGAGGACGGGGUUCUCCGUAAAGUCACCACCACCGUCAAAUCAUUGAUCAACAACAAAGUGGUGAAAAAUAACAAGCUGGAUGGAGGCAGGUUGUCCGGUGAUGGACAGCUGCAGAACAUCCCCAUUGAUUUUACCAAUUUCCCUGCCCAAGUUGAACUCCCAAAGAACAGUGGUGGGCUGGAAGAGAAUGACUUGGUUCAAGCUGCCAGGGGUUUAAGCGACCUUGAGAUAGGGAUGUAUGCACUCCUGGGGGUCUUCUGUUUGGCCAUCCUUGUCUUCCUGAUCAACUGUGCCACAUUUGCCCUGAAAUACCGUCACAAGCAAGUGCCAAUAGAAGGCCAGACCACCAUGACCCAUUCCCAUGACUGGGUCUGGCUGGGCAAUGAGGCUGAGCUAUUGGAGAAUUCUGGGGAUACGUCACCCCAGCAAGAUGAGCACACCACAAUUAUAGACCGGGGACUCGGAUAUGAAGAAAGCAACCACCUUCUCUUGAAUGGUAACACGCAGAAGCAUGUUCAGAGCCAGAUUCACCGGUCAGCUGACUUAGGGGGGAAGCAAGAGAAAGAACAAAAACCUGACCCUCUACACUCCCCCACUUCCAAAAGGAAGCGGGUGAAAUUUACCACCUUUACAACAAUACCUCCAGAUGAUGGCUGCCCCACCGUCAACUCCAUUCUUAGUAGCAAUGAUGAUGACAUCAAAUGGGUGUGCCAGGACAUGGAUCUGGGAGACUCCAAAGAACUAAGAAACUAUUUGGAGAAAUUCAAAGACAAAGUGUAGGGUCCUCUGGCUGAGUGACCCACCACACCUUGAUGCCUUCAGUUCUACAUUAUAUAUUGGUACCGACAAUGAAGCUAGAGUGGGGCAAGGGUUGGGGGGGGGGAGGGGGGAGGGAGGGGGAGGCAGGGGAAUCCACCACAAACAAUAUAGCAGUUUCUGUAGCUGGGGAAACACAGUUUUGCUAUAUAGUAUUUCAGCAACUGGUGAUUGCGAUUUUGGGGCAAUCUGAAGACAAAACACUUGAGAAAACAAUGGACUAGUGAAGGUGAUGAACUGGGCAAGGUGAGGGCAUAUGAAGAUUAUUUUAUGAGUAAAAAAAAAAUACAGACAAGUUACCAAAAAUUAUUUGUUAAAAAAAGCAAAAAGACAAAUAAAAAGACAUAAACAAUAAUCUGUUUAUAUUUCUAAUAAACAGCAAAAUAUAAAAAUAGGGUCUGCUGAGAGACGUUGUAAAUUUUAACUCUGCAUCUCUUCUUCUGAAGACAGCCUGUGGUACUGGGAACGGAGGUCAGAAAAAGGCUUCCAUCUAUUUUAGUUGUCUCUUCUGACGGAAUUGGGAACGCUUUCUAAAUCUUUCCUUGGAAUUGGAUUUUUCUCUCUUGCUUUUUUUUUCCUUUCUCCUUUUUAUCAUCUUCUUUCCUUCCUUUUUUUUUCCUUUGGAUUCCCCUUCAAUGUCUAAUUCUAAGAAUUGAAGUGGAUUUGUUUCAUAGAAUGAACUGCAAAUUACAUUCCUCCUUGACGGAUGAGCUCCUUGAUGUAGUCUAGACUAAGCCCUCCUGUGGAAUAUGAUUAUGUCAUUUCUGUGCAGUAACAACCUUGUUGGGAGGUAUUUAUGUCCCCCAACUUGAGUUCCCAUGUUCCUCCUGGGGCAGGAGAUGUCGAUGAUCAUUGACCACCAGCUGGUAGAGACAGUAACUCUGCAUGCUCAAACAAAAAGGAUCACAGGGUGCUGCCAUGACCAGUAAAACUAGUCCAACCCUUUAAGUGGUCACAGGGCUAAUGACAGUAUGAGAGUUCUCUGUGUUUUCCCCCACUGUAUAUGGGUGGGGAGGAAGAUAUUUUUGUGGUCAUUUGAUAGAGCAAUGCCCAAGAAUUGGAAUAGGAGUUCCACAUCUCCCAUCAUACCCAAGGAGAUGGGGCAAGUGCUAGAGAUAAUAGAUAAGAGCUAUAAAAAAAGAAAUAAGAAAAAAAUUGGAAUAUUUAAAUUGUUUUCUUUGGCUUUUUUUUUCUUUGUACCAGCACAAACUGAAAAAAAAAUCUAUGUUAGAUUGUUGAUUGACUGUGUUUUUUAACAGCACAUUGUAUCUAGCAGCACAUUGCAAAGAUGCCUUCAUCCAAAGUCCUGUAUUGCUGGUGAUUCUAGAAGUCCAACCAGUAGUGAACAAACCCUUUUCUAAUUUCAAAACCUACGUCCUUCUGUGUAGCCAGCUCUGGGAGAAGAGGGGGCUUGUCUUGCUGGCAAAAUGGGAGGCAGUUGUCAGCAAAUGGACAUUCUCCCAAGACGACCAUUGGCACCGGUACUUUUUAAUUGCUAAAAAAAAUCAGUAGCUUCGAUGACAAUGGGCCCUGAAAUUUGGUAACCUAGCCAGGUCCUUUAACAAGAUACUCCUAGAAUGCAUUGUAGACUGGAAGAAUGUAAUAUUUAUUUAUACAUGUGUUACAAACUGUAAUUAAAAUGCUUUCCAUGGC